UAUACUUAACUUUAAGGGAAAGGAUAUUAUCAAAGAAAUUCAAACAAUCAGGAAUUUUGUAAAAGAAAGAAAUGGCAUCAUCAACACAAGACUCUGACGAAGUUAAAGAAAUGUACUGUGAAGAAUGUGAAAAACAUGGUGAUGGCUAUACACCCGCGGUAGCUUUCUGUGUAGAUUGUGUGGAAUAUAAAUGUGUGACCUGUCAAAAAUAUCAUAAGAGACAAUCAAAAACUCACAAAAUUCUAGAUAGUGACAGUAUGCCACAGGAUUUCUAUUUUGAGAAGUGUUCCACUCAUCCUCAAAUGCUGAUAAAGUUUUACUGCUCUGAGUGCUGCAUAGAAGCCUGCCAAGAAUGCAAGGAUAAUGGGCAUGUUAAAUGUUGUGAUGUGAAUCAUUUACCAACCAUUGUGUCAGGCAUACAACAGAGUGAUCACUUCAAAGAAUUUCAACAGAACUUGAAUAACUUGUCUGCUGACAUAAAAGAUGCAGAAAAGCUGUUGAAUGCCAAAAGUAAAGAAGUUGAUAAACAAGAAGAAAAGGCAAAUAAAGCAUGUAAGGAGCACGCAGAUCAACUUAUAGCAGCCUACAUACAACAACAUCAAGAUGUGAUUGAUGAUUUUGAUAAGACGGUAGAAGAGACCAUUGCAAGGUUAAAGAAAGAAAGACUAGAACUAGAUGAAGAGCUAUCUGAAAAGGAGAGCAACUUUAAAAACAAGAUAACAAAAGCUGAAAUAGAUAUGAAAGAAGAGGUUGUAAGCACCAACACAAACUUUAAGCUACUCAAGUCAAAACAUUUUAAUUUGGUUGAAAAUUUGAAGGCUCUUACUGCUGAUCUAGAACAGGCCCAGAAACUAGGUCAAAACUGUAAACUUUUUAUAAAAUUGAAGUUCACAAAACAACUGUGUGAAAACAUUCGCGAAAAUAAUGAACAAAUUCAACAAGCCUAUAUAGACCGCUUUAAAUGCAAAACCUACAACAUUCAACCGACAGAACUGUCUCUAGAGAGUGAUACAAGAUUUUUCACACUUGAAAGAUUAUCAACUGUCGAAAGAAGAGUUGUUUUUAAUUUUGAUAUCAACUGUAACAUUGACAUCAUAUCCUCUUUACUUGCUUUAUCUGAAACUACACUUCUAAUAUUAGAUUACAGGAAGUGUAGACAAGUCAUAUACAAACUAGGAACGUCACAGGCAAUUUGUAUUGAUUACAUAACAUUUGAAACAAAUCCAUUUGAUAUUACAAAAGUUUCCGAUUAUAAAGUUGCUGUAACAUUUCCAAAUGAAAGAAUGAUCAGACUGAUAACAUUUUCAAAAGAUAUAAAAGUUUUAAAUUUCACUGAUAUACAAGGAAAUGAUAUUUAUACUGGUAUUGCCUAUACUAAUAACUGUUUUAUAGUUUCAUGUUUGGGUCCAGCUAGUGUUAAGAUUCUAAGUAUGUUAGGUGAAAUAGUGAAAACAUUUGACAAAAGUGAUAAUGGUCAGAACCUAUUUAUCGAGCCUUGGUACUUAACUGUCAGUCCUGACAAUACAAUGAUAUAUAUUUCUGAUUGGGACAAACACUAUGUGACCUGUCUGACCUUUGAUGGUAAGGUAAAGGCCAUCUACAAAGAUGAUCAACUGAAAACACCUCAACAAAUUGUUGUUGAUGAAUAUGGAUCAGUAUAUGUAUGUGGUUUUAACUCUUACAACAUCCAUCAAUUAACAAGUGGCCUCACUAAAGUGAAGAUCCUGGUAGAUCAAAAUGAUAGACUACAUCAACCAAGGAGUGUUGCAUACUGUCCAAAUAUCAUGAGAUUGUUUGUCGGAAUGCCAAAUAACAUAAAGAUUUUCAAUGUGUCAAUAGAAUGAACAAUAACAACUCUAACACGUACACUCAUGACUAACUAUUCACAAUACGCCUCGUAUUCGGGUUGAAUAAGGAUCCUAACCCUAAACAUGACUUAAAUAUGCACUGUACCGACAAGCCUAGCACGUGACUAAGUGUGUGUAAACAAACACACGGCUGCUGUUGUAAAUAUUACAAUAAACUAUGAAAAUUGCAGGAAUAAACAUCUUGACCACAUUCAUUACUGAUAAGCCCAACUAUCAGAUAUCAUUACAAAGAUAUCUCUAAGUUGUACUUGUCCUUUAAUAAUUUUUAUUGCGUAAAUUAACACUUUAAAUGCAAUUAAACCAUUAUGAUUGUUAUGUCUGGUCUGCAGAUAUUUCAUGUUAAUAACAUAGAAAAACUUUUCUUUUUUUAACUUGUGGAUAAAAGUUAUGAUUUAUGUUUAAACAAAAGAGACAUUCAGGAUUAAAUAAAAUGGCACAAAAUCUAUAACUAUCACAUAACUGGUCAGAUGUUUAAAUCUUAAGUAUUUAUAGCAAGAUUAAAUUUGAAACGUUCUGACAAGAGAACUUUAUAUACUUUUUGAGCUAUGUACAUUUGUUUAUCAACAUAACUUUCAGACAAAGCUUUCUAAAU